CGUCCCUUCCUCACAAGAAAGACAGAUCUUCGAAGGGGAGAGAGAGACCAGUCAACUACCUGACCAAGAGUCGUCCGCCUAUAAAGCACCUUCCUCUCAACCAGGAGAUCACCACCCCCUCUCUUUUGUUCUCCACUUUCCUUUCUUUCACCUCAGAGAGAGAGAGAGAGAGAGAGAAGCAGCAGAGGUCUCCAUCUUCCGAGGGAGAAACAAGACACCCAUCAUCGAGAAUGGCUCGCUCGGCCACUUACAGGUCGCUGCUCCUACUCUGCGUUUUGGGCAGCCUCAUCUGCGCCUCCUCUGCACAGUCGACCUGCAAUUCGCAGAAUUUCGCCAACAGGGUCUUUAGGGCCUGCGUCGACCUCCCUGUCCUCAACGCCUUCCUCCACUGGACAUACUUCCCUUCCAAUGGUACCAUCGACAUCGCCUACAGGGCUACUCCUUCUGUCGCCGGCGGCUGGGUCGCCUGGGCCAUCAAUCCCACCGGCAAGCGCAUGUCCGGCUCGCAGGCCAUCGUGGGCUACAUCGACUCCGGCAAGGUCAACGUCAUAACCACCAACGUCAACAGCUACCAACCCUCCAUGAAGAACGAGAGCCUGAGCUUCACUGUCUCCAACCUCGCCGGCGAGUCCUCCGGCAACGAUAUCAUCCUUUUUGCAACCUUGACCCUCCCGAGCAACAGCUCUACCCUGAAUCAGGUGUGGCAGAAUGGUCCUAUGUCUGGUGGGACUCUCGCCAUGCAUUCUACCACCGGUCCGAACAUUCAGUCGAUGAGGACCCUGGAUGUCCUCUCCGGUCAGAGCACGUCGACCGGCGGCGUGGAUUCCAAGACCCGGAGAAAAAAUGUCCAUGGUGUUCUGAACGCAGUCAGCUGGGGCAUCCUGAUGCCCAUUGGCAUCAUAAUUGCGAGGUACAUGAGAAUGUUCCCUUCUGCCGAUCCGGCAUGGUUUUACCUCCAUGUGACAUGCCAAGCCUCGGCAUACAUUCUCGGCGUUGCCGGUUGGGGAACCGGCAUGAAACUCGGGAGUGAAUCUCCGGGCGUCCAGCAGACUGUUCACAGGAACAUUGGCAUCACCCUCUUCUGUCUUGGCACACUUCAGGUUUUUGCUUUGUUCCUAAGACCCAAGAAGGAUCACAAGUACCGCAUCUACUGGAACUUCUACCACCAUUCUGUUGGUUACACAAUUAUCAUCUUGAGCAUCAUCAACAUCUUUAAAGGGUUGAAAAUUCUUUCAGCCGAAAACAAGUGGAAACACACAUACAUUGGGAUCCUUAUUGCGUUGGCUGCCAUUGCCGUUGUCCUAGAGAUCAUCACAUGGAUUGUAGUCCUGAGGAGGAGAUCAAGAAACUCAGAAAAAUCACACCAUGGUGCAAAUGGAACAAAUGGAUAUGGUGUGAGGUCCGCUGUAUAGAGGUUCACUGCAUGCAGCAGAGCUUGGUUUAUUAGAUGAUUCUUUCCUUCAUCCCUCCACUUCUGUUCUGUAGUUUUAGAUGAAAGUACACCCUUGUAUGUAGAAAAAGCUGUGUUAUGUUUAGGUAGUAGUAGUUUCCUUCUUGUAGUGAAGGAGUUUGUUAGGAUCACAUGAUGUGUGAGCAUACAUCUGAUCCUUAUGCAUUUCAUAGCUUUUUUCUCUUUCCUUUUGGCCUUUUUUUGGCUAUGACAGAGGGUGUUUAUUUUUAUGUUAUUGAACUCUAUGUUGGACUCCGCCCUUGAUUCUUGAUCUGUGAUUUUAAUUUUAUAGGAGAUUCUCUGUUUUGAUGUGCUA